ACGCAUUCUAAAUUCCUAUUUCUUUGCCAUUUUGUAGUCUAAUGUUUAUUAGAAUUAAACGCUAUUCUAAGAAAAUCUUUAUUUAACAUAGUUAUAUCAUAGUCCACAAUAAAGGUGUUACUUUAAACAGUUGUAACAGACAUCGUUUUAUUAUUUCCUUUUAUUCAACGUUAAAUAAAGUGUAGAAAUGUCCGUUCCGCCAAUUUACAAUCCGGUAAUACCAUGUGUGCAUACAAUUCCUGGGGGUAUGUACCCAGGACGUAUGAUCCGCUUUCAAGGAACUGUUCCUCCUGGUGCCCAAAGGUUCGCGAUAAACUUUCAAUGUGGUCCGAACACCGAUCCCCGUGAUGAUAUAGCACUGCAUCUGAACUUUCGCUUCAUUGAGAUGUGUAUUGUGCGAAACCACUUGACUGCGAUGAACUGGGGAAUGGAGGAGACAAGCGGCGGUAUGCCCCUCGUGAGAGGCGAAUCUUUUGAGGCCCUGAUACUCUGUGAACCUCAGUCUUUGAAGGUGGCAGUCAAUGGAGUUCAUUUUUGCGAGUUCCCUCACCGUACACCGUUCCAACGUAUCUCGCAUUUAACUAUCGACGGUGACGUCAUGGUCAAUUUUAUCGGAUUCGAGGGUGCUCAGCCGCCUACUCAGAUGUAUAUGUCUGAACCACCGGCAUAUGGGGCUUAUGGAGCUCCGCCCCCCGCCUACGGAGCCCCGGGUUAUGGUGGUCCUCAAGGUUUCCAAGCGGGCAUUCCUCCCAGUUCAGGCGGAUACGCAACUACAUAUGCCGCACCGCAACAGCGACAGGGGCUCGGUACGGGCGCAGCUGUAGGGUUGGGAGUUGGUGCCUUGGCGGCAGGAGGGCUGGCUGGCUACGCCCUGGGCGGUGGAUUCAGCAGUGACAGCCCUACGCGUGAGGAACCGCAAGUGGUUGGAUUCUCUGAAAGUUUCGGCGGUGACGAUUGGGCAGAGUAAUACAUACAAGAGGCCAUAUUGUUAAUUUAAUUUAAUGUGCUGUAAGCCUUAAUUAAAUAAUUCUAGACUAAAAUAGUCUCUUGACAAGUUUAUAACCAUUUCAGAAUAUUAGUAACUAUAAAUUGUUAUUUUUAAUGAUGGUAUUGCCUUUAAAACAUUCAUAAUUUUAAGAACCCACCAAUACGCUUCUCCAUGCAAGAUGGCGUCGCGUCAGUCCUUUGUACACACGUAAACAAAUGUCAAGACUUUUCAGAGUUAGUUAUCACUUUAAAUUGAAGGUCAGUAUAGGAUUAGACAGGCGUGGAAAUAGUAUUUACAACUGGUCUGUGACAGUUGACAUACUGUGUUGUGUCACGUAGCUGACGUAAGAAAUCAAUAUUUUAAAUUAUGCAUUUUUGAUAAAUUAUUAACAGGGUCUUUUACUCCAUAUUUGAAGCCAUGUUCUGAUAUAGAUUACAAAUAACUUAUUUCACGCUACUAACUAAAGUAUUUCGUCUCUGACAAAUUUUCUUUAAGAGUUAAAAGGGAACUGGCGUCGCCAAUAUAAUUCUGAUUUCACAAAAAUAGUUUUAAUUUUUUUUAAGUAUCAAGAUGAUUUUUCAAACUAUAAUGACGUAACAGUGUUGCCAGCAAUAAAAUAUAAUUUAGUAUUGCUGGAACCUCAAAUAUCUGCGUACAGAUUGUUUAAUUAAGGCUUAUAGAACGUUUUUUUUUUAAUUUGGGAGUCUACAGAUGUAUAUAAAAAAGGGAAAAUAUUUAUAUGAUAUAAAAGCUUUGAUAAAUUAAGAAACAAUAGUCUAUAGAGGAUAUCUUUGACUAUUUUAUAAAGAACCUAUGUAAUAGACUAACACUGCGUGCGACGGAAUUGCGCUAUGUCAAAUGUGUUUUGUGGCGCGCAGAGCUUGUCAGUUGUCACUUUGACAGUUUACUGUUGUACACAGAUAAUGGCUAUAUUAUUAUUCUAUAGACUAAACAUGUAAGUACAAAAUGAAUAUUUAUUUAUUUAAAAAAAUAUUGAUAUACUAAAAAUAGAGAAACAAUACAAAUAGAUUAUGAUUUUAAUUUUUUCUUUGUCAUCUGUCAAAUUACGCAAUGUGUGGCACGAGGCUGUUGUGGUUCGCUCUGAGUCAUCAUUAUGGUGUUCCUAAAUUUUUAUUUGAAGAAAUAUAUACUUUAUUUGUGACUCCCUAAAUUUAAGUAUACCGGCAAAUAAGUUGGCAAUAGAACGACUACUUACGAAGUAGACCGUAGUUCUUUUAGCCGCUUCGUCACUUUAGAUUUCAGUUGACAACGUUGACUACGUAAAAGCUUCGUGAGUAGUAGUUAAAGUUUGCCAACUUAUACGCAACUUAUUGUCAAUAGAUGAUGAACAAAAUUACACUUGUGAUUAUAAAGAUUAACCCCGUAAAAGACCAACGUCAAAAACUAAUAAAUAUGCAUCUAAGUGGCUUUAUUAAGAGCAUUAUUAUAUUAAAAAAAUAUAUGCUUUUUAGAAAUGUAUAGUCCAGUAAUACUUGAAUACGAGUUUGUCUCACGAAUCAUGUUGCUUGUGGUAAAGAUGAAUUUGACGAAAAUCUCGUGAUAUUUUAAUGGGUAAGUCAAGAUCGGCAUUCCGGUUAUGAUGCGUGUAUAAUUCUUGGGUUUGUGUCAUGCCAGUUUCCUCACAAUGUUUACCUUCAGCUUAGAAGUGAAUUGGGCAUAUUUUAAGAUGUAGGUUACCCCACUAGUACGUCUUUAUUAACAGUCUAUUGAUGAUUAACUGAUCAGUGUUGGCCUGGUGGCUUCGACGCGUGUCUCUUAUCCUUGAGCUUUGCAUAAAUGAACUUUCUAUGUGCGCAUUUAACAUUCGCUCGAACGGUGAAGGAAAACAUCGUUAGGAAACCGGCUUGCCUUAUACCUUAAAGAAAAGGUUGUAGUUGAUUUUGAUGAUCAAAAAGGCUCGAAAUCUGAUAACUUAAGUGUCAUUGGAACGUAUUAUACCUGAUUUGUUUUUUCGACACUUCGAAAACCGCUCACGAACUUUUCGAUAUUUUUGUACGUAUUAGUUUCAGACUAGAACGCAUUUGCUUACAGAAAGUUCUUUUUAAUUUAACACGAGGUUCAAUAUGUCGGUUUAGUUAUCGUUAUCGGCUAAUGAGUUGCCAUGGUAACGAAGUUUUUCGUUAAAUGGUUACCUUGGUAAUCGUAUGUGAGUAACAAAUUUUAAACGAUUCUAAAUUAUGCCUUAGAUAUUAUAAUAAAUAUAUUUUAAUAAAAGAAUAAUUGGCCAUAGGCACUAUUUUGUGUGUAGAUUUCAUAUUUAAUUAAAUUUACGUAGUGUGCAAGUUAGUUUUUCUGAUAUAACAUAUAUUCUCCCUAGCCGUUACUUAUAACAAAGGUAGAAAAAAGUGUUGCCAGUACAAUACAUUUUUGACAGGACAAAGGCGUUGAUAGUCUUAUGUGUUGUCUCCCAACGUGGAGCCCCAUAGAUGGGCAAUUUUAUUGUUAAGAGCGGCUUGAAAAAAUAUUUGAAGUUGAUUUUCAGUUUUUCAUGUUUUUUCUUUAAUUAAAAUAAAAAAUCCUCAACUUAUGGAACUUUUUGCACACUAUAUUUUCUUAUUGUAUUUUACUUUUACCUAGAAAUAUUGUUUUAAAUAUAAGCACAAAAUGAUUUUAAAUCGUAAUUUCUUGUCAAAACGAUUUUAUCUUACAAAGCACUAAAGAACUUGGUUUAAGGCUCUCAUUAGGAGCCUUAUCAUAAUAUUAAAUACUGUUUACCUUCGGCAGCACUGUUAACGUCGAGUACAUUUGCUUAAAUAUCCGCUAAAGAGAUUUUAUUUAAAGAGAAUUUAAAAUAUAUGAAUCACGUGUGUGGUUAUCGUGCACUAGCUUAUGUAUAAAUAAAUAAUUGAUAUAAUGACGUUUAUUGUAUUUUAAUAUAUAUCAUUUGUUCGA